GAAGGCUGUAAGAUUACUUGAGCAUCUCCUCUCCUUCCCCUUGUAGGGGCUACAAAUUCUGGGGAUUUGGGGAUAAAAGCAGUACUUGCUUUGGAUACCUUCGCUGGCAAGAUGCAUUUCCUGUUACCCCUCUUACUGACCUUCCUUCAAUCUGCUGGUGCUAGGGCUGGGGCGAUCAUUGGAGGCCGGGAGGCAAAGCCCCAUUCCAGGCCAUACAUGGCAUAUCUGAAGUACAAGAAUGAAAUUGGAAUAGAACGUAUUUGCGGUGCUUUCCUGGUUAGAGAGAACUUUUUGCUGACAGCAGCUCACUGCUGGGGAAGUUGAAUAAGUAUCAUUCUGGGGGCACAUAACAUACAGAAGCCAGAAAAGACCCAGCAGCAGAUUCCUGUGCUCAGAGCUAUUCCUCACCAACUAUAUGACAACCAGACCUUCAAAAAUGAUAUUAUGUUGCUUCAGCUGAAGAAGGCCAAGAUGAACAAAGCUGUGGGGCUCUUGGCCUUACCCCGGAAGAAGGACAGGGUGAGGCCUGGGAAGACUUGUAGUGUGGCAGGCUGGGGUAGUAACCUUGAGAAGAAAUUCUCCACACUGCAGGAGGUGAAGUUAACAGUGAGAAAGGCACGGGAGUGCAUGGACAAAUACCCCAAACACUAUAACAAUUCUACUCAGCUAUGUGCUGGAGAUCCUAAAGACCAGAAGGCUUCUUUUAAGGGGGACUCUGGAGGUCCUCUUGUGUGUGAUAGAGUGGCCCAGGGCAUUGUCUCCUAUGGUUUUCGAGAUGGGAGAAACCCUCGUGUCUACACUCAGAUCUCCAGCUUCUACCAUGGAUCAAGAAAACAAUGAAUGAUCAGGAGUACUAAGCACCAGGCGAGGUCCUGCUUCCAAGACUGGAUCAUUCUCUCUGGUGACACUGUUCCCUAAAGUGGCCUCCAAUUACAGAGCCUAAAGCCAAGAGGGAUGCUUGGGAAAGGAGGACCUUGUCCUAAUAA